GGGUCGCUCGCCGUCUCACCCGACGGAACGCUUUUCAUCGCCGAUCUUAACAACAUACGCAUCAGAGCCGUACGAGCCAAUCGGCCCGGCCCAUCAGCCUCGGGGGCGGGAUCAGGAUCGAUGAUGGGACAAUACGAAGUCGCGUCGCCAUGGGAACAGGAGCUCUACGUGUUCAACAGUGACGGUCAACAUCUACAGACCGUGAGUCUCAUCACGGGAGAACCGUUAUAUAACUUCACCUACGGGCCGGACAGAGAGCUAGCCACGGUGGUAGACAACUGCAACAACACUAUCAGGGUGAGAAGGGACGGUCUGGGCCAGGGAGGGAGUUCUGGCCUCCUCAGGCUGGUGUUACUGCCGGAGAACCAGGUGGUGACCCUGGGUCUGGACCCUGCUGGGGGGCUGAAGAGUGUCUCAGCCCAGGGACAGGAGGUGGCCCUACUGGGGUACUCUGGGAGUACAGGACUAUUGGCCACCAAGGCUGACGAGACCGGAUGGACCACCUUCUACCAGUGAGUGGGAUGUGUUUUUUUUUUUAUGCAUCUGUCAAAAGCGGAAACUUCAGCGGCACUCAGGGACUCAUAUUAGCUGCAUUGCCUUGAACACACCUACUGUAGCUAGGAUUUGUUCACAGCCCACUGCUGCCCCCUGGAGUUAACUUCUGUCACUGCACCCUCGAGUUUGCUUCAGUCAGAGCUCACAGAACUACAUGUUAGAGGUCCAUAGGGGUUUGCUUUUGUCACUGCACACACACACACACACACUUUUUGCUGUUCCGAGAUCUGCCAUGUUAAGAGAAAUCCGCAGAGACAAGCUAUUCCCAUUCUAGUUGUCCCUAACAUGCUGACUAGACCGGGCGGGCACAUGUCUCUCUCCUCCAGGUAUGACAGUGAGAAGUAACCUCUAUAUGUCUCUCCUCCAGGUAUGACAGUUAGAAGUAACCUCUAUAUGUCUCUCUCCUCCAGGUAUGACAGUUAGAAGUAACCUCUAUAUGUCUCUCUCUCCUCCAGGUAUGACAGUUAGAAGUAACCUCUAUAUGUCUCUCUCUCCUCCAGGUAUGACAGUUAGAAGUAACCUCUAUAUGUCUCUCUCUCCUCCAGGUAUGAAGUAACCUCUAUAUGUCUCUCUCUCCUCCAGGUAUGACAGUGAGAAGUAACCUCUAUAUGUUUCUCUCCUCCAGGUAUGACAGUUAGAAGUAACCUCUAUAUGUCUCUCUCUCCUCCAGGUAUGACAGUUAGAAGUAACCUCUAUAUGUCUCUCUCCUCCAGGUAUGACAGUUAGAAGUAACCUCUAUAUGUCUCUCUCUCCUCCAGGUAUGACAGUUAGAAGUAACCUCUAUAUGUCUCUCUCUCUUCCAGGUAUGACAGUUAGAAGUAACCUCUAUAUGUCUCUCCUCCAGGUAUGACAGUUAGAAGUAACCUCUAUAUGUCUCUCUCCUCCAGGUAUGACAGUUAGAAGUAACCUCUAUAUGUCUCUCCUCCAGGUAUGACAGUUAGAAGUAACCUCUAUAUGUCUCUCUCCUCCAGGUAUGACAGUUAGAAGUAACCUCUAUAUGUCUCUCUCCUCCAGGUAUGACAGUUAGAAGUAACCUCUAUAUGUCUCUCUCCUCCAGGUAUGACAGUUAGAAGUAACCUCUAUAUGUCUCUCUCUCCUCCAGGUAUGACAGUUAGAAGUAACCUAUAUAUGUCUCUCCUCCAGGUAUGACAGUUAGAAGUAACCUCUAUAUGUCUCUCUCCUCCAGGUAUGACAGUUAGAAGUAACCUCUAUAUGUCUCUCUCUCCUCCAGGUAUGACAGUGAGAAGUAACCUCUAUAUGUCUCUCUCCUCCAGGUAUGACAGUUAGAAGUAACCUCUAUAUGUCUCUCUCUCUUCCAGGUAUGACAGUUAGAAGUAACCUCUAUAUGUCUCUCUCCUCCAGGUAUGACAGUUAGAAGUAACCUCUAUAUGUCUCUCCUCCAGGUAUGACAGUUAGAAGUAACCUCUAUAUGUCUCUCUCCUCCAGGUAUGACAGUUAGAAGUAACCUCUAUAUGUCUCUCUCUCCUCCAGGUAUGACAGUUAGAAGUAACCUCUAUAUGUCUCUCUCUCCUCCAGGUAUGACAGUUAGAAGUAACCUCUAUAUGUCUCUCUCCUCCAGGUAUGACAGUUAGAAGUAACCUCUAUAUGUCUCUCUCCUCCAGGUAUGACAGUGAGGGUCGUCUGACCAAUGUAACCUAUCCUACUGGCAUGGUGACGAGUCUGCACCGGGAGAUAGAACGCUCCAUCAACAUUGACAUAGAGAGCUCCAGCAGAGACGAUGACGUCACCGUUAUUACCAACCUGUCCUCUGUAGAGGCCUCAUACACCGUGGUGCAAGGUGGGACAUACACACACAUCAGUGGAGGCUGCAGAGGGGAGACAGGCUCAUAAUAAUGGAUGGAAUGGAAUUUGUUUCAAACCCAUGAAAACCUUGUUUUUGAUACCAUUCCAUUCACUCCAUACCAGCCAUUAUUAUGAGCCUGUCUCCCCUCAGCAGCCUCCAGUGACACACAUGCAUAAACACACCCCACAGUGCAAGGGACACACACACACAAAUACACACACACCAUGGUUCAAAGUGGAAUACAGCAUAUUAGUAUCAAUACCACAGUCAAGCUGUAACUAUGUUCAAACUAGACUGCAGACUGAUGUGUUAUUAAGUCUCAGGGACUCAGAGCAGUGUCUCAGAGUAUUAAUGGCUGUCUGUCUAUACAGAGCUCCACCCCAGGGAUGGUAAUGGGAGAGAACUUAUUCAUCUAGCGGGAACAGCAAGCUUUAUCUAAGGCCUCUGUCUCUGUAUGUGUGUGUGUGUCUGUGUGUGUGUGUGUGUGUGUCUCUGUGUGUGUGUGUGUGUGUGUCUGUGUGUCUCUGUGUGUGUGUGUCUCUGUGUGUGUCUCUGUGUGUCUAUGUGUGUCCCUGUGUGUGUGUGUGUGUUGGGUGUAUUACAGCACAGUGUUCUGGUCUGCUGUGCUGGUUUUGAAAGCUUGCGUUGCUCCCCUCUCUCGCUCUCUCUUUCUCUCUCUCUCUCUCUCUCUCUCUCUCUCUGUUUUUAUCACAAAGAGAUUUUUCCGAUAGUGAGAAGGUAGUCUACUGCAGAGUCGACAGAAAGCCAUCUCUGUGUGUUUGAAGAGUUGCUAAAACGCUGCCUGGAGGUUUAUAACAACUUGGCUUUAUGGAUUACUGCCGUUUAUGGUGAUGGAGGUUCAAAGCCGCUGUGUGUGUGUGUGUAUGUGUGUGUUUUUGCGUGCGUACAUGUGCGUGCACGUGAAUUUCCACAUGCGCGUGUGUGUAUGUGCGUGUAUUGUGUGUGUGUGUGUGUGUGUAUCUACGUAUGAUUCCCCCUGCCUUUGGUAAUGAAAUAAAAGGCUCUUCCUCUGCGUCGGCGGAGAAUCACUGUUAUCUUAUCUUCAAUCAAAACAUUGUUAUCACGCUGCUGUUCUUUGUGCCUCAGAUAGAGAAGAAGAAUGGACCCUCAAUCACCCUGUUGCUUUCCAGAGGCUACAACACAUCAGACACUGUCUUUCCAGAGGCUACAACACAUCAGACACUGUCUUUCCAGAGGCUACAACACACCAGACACUGUCUUUCCAGAGGCUACAACACAUCAGACACUGUCUUUCCAGAGGCUACAACACAUCAGACACUGUCUUUCCAGAGGCUACAACACAUCAGACACUGUCUUUCCAGAGGCUACAACACAUCAGACACUGUCUUUCCAGAGGCUACAACACAUCAGACACUGUCUUUCCAGAGGCUACAACACACCAGACACUGUCUUUCCAGAGGCUACAACACAUCAGACACUGUCUUUCCAGAGGCUACAACACACCAGACACUGUCUUUCCAGAGGCUACAACACAUCAGACACUGUCUUUCCAGAGGCUACAACACACCAGACACUGUCUUUCCAGAGGCUACAACACACCAGACACUGUCUUUCCAGAGGCUACAACACACCAGACACUGUCUUUCCAGAGGCUACAACACAUCAGACACUGUCUUUCCAGAGGCUACAACACAUCAGACACUGUCUUUCCAGAGGCUACAACACACCAGACACUGUCUUUCCAGAGGCUACAACACACCAGACACUGUCUUUCCAGAGGCUACAACACACCAGACACUGUCUUUCCAGAGGCUACAACACACCAGACACUGUCUUUCCAGAGGCUACAACACACCAGACACUGUCUUUCCAGAGGCUACAACACAUCAGACACUGUCUUUCCAGAGGCUACAACACACCAGACACUGUCUUUCCAGAGGCUACAACACAUCAGACACUGUCUUUCCAGAGGCUACAACACAUCAGACACUGUCUUUCCAGAGGCUACAACACACCAGACACCGUUUUGAUUUGUUUAUAUGUUUACAAGCAAUGUUCCCUCUAAUUGUUCUCGACACUGAGUACAUUUCAGGUCUGUUGAGUGCAAACUUGAAAGUUGUGAAAAUUAAUCGCAACUUCCAGCGCCCAUUUACUGUGAACACUGAGGCUGUACCCGCUUUAAGUUAGUUUUAACAGUGGCCAAGUAGGCUACUGUGGCUAUUUGAUCAUAAUGUAGGCCUGCCAGAGUGGCCUACCAUCAAAAACAAUGGAGAAAAUCCAUCCCAUAACAUUUUAACAUGGAAAUAGCUGUUCUAUCGUUCAGCCUACAGUAGCAGCCAAUGUGUGGUGUUCAAUGUAGGCCUACAUUCCAUUAGACUUUUGAAAAAAAACAUGCAGGGCUUGACAUUAACCUGUUUAUCCGCUUUUCCUUCAGACAAGGAGGUGACUGAAAAUGUUGUUGUGUGGUUUGAUGUAAGAAACUACUUUACAAAAUAUAACGCAUUAUUAUUCCCAUACCAUUAUUACAGAGAAUCAGACAAAUUAUGCUACCCUCUGCCUAUUGGCUACUUAGCUUAUUCAAGCCAGUCUCAAAAUACAACACUUCCCCUUUAAGACAUAAAAAACGCUCUUUACCUGACUUACUUUUCAAAGAUGUCUAGAAAUUAACACGUUUUGUGCUGUUGUAGGAAGCAAUCCCUCCCCUAUUGCUGACUACAAAUGAUCUAUAACUGGGCUAAUAACUCACUAACUAGCAAAGGAUAUGAACAAAAUGUUCACACGUGGCUACACGCAGCUCUUGCUUUGAUCUCAAAACAAGCACAUCUACUCACGACCACAGCUGUAAACAGUCCAGAUCAAAGUAAACAGCACAGAUCCAUAAAUGGCAAUGGACUAUUUGCAUAUAGGCCUACUGCAGCUCUGAUUGGUUAUGCCAAAACGGUCUGUAUAGAGUACGGGCUGAGUCAUGCAUGUAUGCAAUAGAAUCCUACUCCGAUGCGUUCUGCCUACAACAAAAUCUCUUGCAUAGUUCGUUUUGUUUCGGUAUGUUGCAUUGAAAGUGGCGAAUAUUGCGUUGAUUCGAUCACAAUUGCCACAGUAAAGGGAAACGUUGAUAGCGUUAACUAACAGGGAAAACUCUAGAAAGCUGAGUGAAGUUCAGUCUCAUGCUUCUCUCUGUGGGCUGAUACUGUUUUUAUUCUGCACAGCAGUCUAGGGGCUCUCGCACAGGAAUAUAAAAAAUGAAAUGAAAGAGUGCCAGAUUAUUCAUUUACCAAACUGUUCUAUAAACCAGACGCACAUUUACUUUCAUUAUGAGUCACUCUUAGUGUGGAGUUGCCUGAUCAGAAAUGAUACUAACAAGUUGGCAAAAAAUUCAUACGACAAAUUGUUGUUGUUUUUGUUAAAGGAAAGAGUUCUGCUUUUGAAGGGCAGCGAAAAUCAAUUUCAAUUUAAUCUGCGACUUUAUCUCUUUUCAGCAUAUAAACAUGACAGAGGAAGACGCCAGUAAAAGAGCCAACUCAUAUAACUCCCUUCUCUCUACUUGUCCCUAUCGCCCCCUACAGACCAGGUGAGGAACAGCUACCAGCUGUGUAACAACGGCACCCUGCGGGUGAUGUAUGCCAACGGGAUGGGCAUCAGCUUCCACACUGAGCCCCACAUCCUGGCCGGGUCGGUCAGUCCUACUAUCGGCCGUAGGAACAUCACACUACCCACAGACAACGGACUCAACUCCAUCGAGUGGCGGCUCCGCAAGGAACAGACCAAGGGGAAGGUCACUGUGUUUGGCAGGAAGCUGAGGGUGAGCUGAGAUUACCUCGCUUCCUUUCUGUGUGUCAUUUAGUCAUUAGCGAGGACAUCACAAACUCUACAGUAUGUGUAGAGAUGACAUCACUUUCUCUGUGUGUAAAGCUGACAUCACUGACUCUGCCUCCAGAGAUGACAUCACUGACUCUGCCACCAGAGAUGACAUCACUCUCUAUCUUCCUCCAGGCACACGGCCGUAACCUCCUCUCCAUCGACUUCGACCGCAACACUCGGACGGAGAAGAUCUACGACGACCACCGCAAGUUCACGCUCCGCAUCAUGUACGACGCGCAGGGCCGGCCCGCCAUGUGGUUGCCUAGCAGCAGCCUGGCAGUGGUGAACGUGUCGUACUCGACCACGGGUCAGCUGGUGGGGCUGCAGAGGGGCAGUAUGAGCGAGAGAACAGAGUUUGACCCUCAGGGACGUAUUCUGUCACGGUCGUUCAUAGACGGCAAGGUGUGGAGCUACAGCUACCUGGAUAAGGUGAGGACAUAGCACUGUCUGGUACUGGUAACUGUUACUGGUAACUGUUACUGGUAACUGGUACUGCUACUGGUACUGCUACUGGUACUGGUAACUGUUGUUAUCAUCUGUUUGGAGCUACAGAUACCUGGAUAAGGUGAGGGCAUCGUAGCACCUGUAGCAGGGAUAGCAAUGACAGGCUGGUUGAGAGAUGUGAAAAGUGCAUAAAAUGAUGCUAGUGGUGGUGAUGAUGAUGACUUACGUUCCCUCUCCCCUUCUCUCCAGUCCAUGGUCCUUCUCCUGCAGAGCCAGAGACAGUACAUAUUUGAGUUUGACGCUUCGGGACGCGUCACGGCCGUUACCAUGCCUAGUGUAGCCCGUCACACCAUGUCCACCCACAUCUCUAUCGGUUACAUCCGCAACACCUACAACCCUCCUGAGAGCAACGCCUCCAUCAUCCACGACUUCAGCGAAGACGGCCGCCCCCAGGCCACCCACUACCUCGGCACUGGCCGACGUGUCCUCUACAAGUACGGCAAGCUGGCCAAGCUAGCUGAGAUCCUCUACGACAGCACCGUGGUGACGUUCGGUUACGACGAGACAGCUGGGGUGCUGAAGAUGGUGAACUUACAGAGUGGCGGGUUCUCCUGUACGAUACGUUACCGUAAGAUGGGUCCAUUGAUCGACAAGCAGAUCUACCGGUUCAGUGAGGAAGGGAUGGUGAACGCUAGGUUUGACUACACAUACCACGACAACAGCUUCCGUAUCGCUAGUAUGAAGCCAGUCAUCAGUGAGACUCCACUGCCUGUGGACCUCUACCGCUAUGACGAGAUCUCUGGAAAGGUGGGUAGACAACUACACUACUAACCCUAGCCCUAGCUCCAGCUACAACCUUAACCCUAGCUUCAACCCUAACCCUAGCCUCAAUCCUAACCCUAAACCUAGCUUCAUGUCCACAUCCUGGUUCAACCCUAACCCUAACCCUCAACCCUAACCCUAGUCUCAAGCCUAACUCCAGCCACAACCCAAACUAACCCUAACUCCAGCCACAACCCAACCCCUUGCAGGAUGUCAGUUACAGUUGAUAGAUUGAGCAUAAAUCAUCUAUACUGGACUAUCCAGUUAAAGUGGGACCUAGACCCUCUGUACAAUAUUUGACUUAACUCUUAACUCUUGACUGUUGUCUUGGCUACAGGUGGAGCACUUUGGGAAGUUUGGUGUGAUCUACUAUGACAUCAACCAGAUUAUAACCACGGCUGUGAUGACCCUCAGCAAGCACUUCGACACCCACGGGCGCAUCAAGGAGGUGCAGUAUGAGAUCUUCAGGUCCCUGAUGUACUGGAUGACGGUGCAGUACGACAGUAUGGGACGCGUGGUGAAGAGAGAGCUGAAGAUUGGACCAUACGCCAACACAACACAGUACCGUUAUGAGUAUGACGGGGACGGACAGCUCAGCGGGGUGAAGGUAGGAGAUCUGACGUUACCAGUGUGAUACUUCAGGUUUGGUAUUAAAGAGUUGACUUCAGGUUUGGUAUUAAAGAGUUGACUUCAGGUUUGACUUCAGGUUUGACUUCAGGUUUGGUAUUAAAGAGUUGACUUCAGGUUUGGUAUUAUAGAGUUGACUUCAGGUUUAGUAUUAAAGAGUUGACUUCAGGUUUGGUAUUAAAGAGUUGACUUCAGGUUUGGUAUUAAAGAGUUGACUUCAGGUUUGGUAUUAAAGAGUUGACUUCAGGUUUGGUAUUAAAGAGUUGACUUCAGGUGCGUUUUUAAAGAGUUGACUUCAGGUUUGGUAUUAAAGAGUUGACUUCAGGUUUAGUAUUAAAGAGUUGACUUCAGGUUUGGUAUUAUAGAGUUGACUUCAGGUUUAGUAUUAAAGAGUUGACUUCGGUGUGGUAUUAUAGAGUUGACUUCAGGUUUAGUAUUAAAGAGUUGACUUCAGGUGUGUUUUUAAAGAGUUGACUUCAGGUUUGGUAUUAAAGAGUUGACUUCAGGUUUAGUAUUAAAGAGUUGACUUCAGGUUUGGUAUUAAAGAGUUGACUUCAGGUGCGUUUUUAAAGAGUUGACUUCAGGUUUGGUAUUAAAGAGUUGACUUCAGGUUUAGUAUUAAAGAGUUGACUUCAGGUUUGGUAUUAUAGAGACCGGCUCAAUCGGUGGCUCCAGUGACGCUAUCUCUUUCAUUGUUACCCAACGCUUAGGGUUACCUGAACUGUACUCAUAUCCUUCCAUAUCCUUUUCUGUACAUAAUGCCCUGAAUCUUUUCUACAACGCCCGGAGAACUGCCCCCUUUAUUCUAUGUACCCAACGCACUAGAAGACCAGUUCUUAAAGCCUUUAGUCGUAUCCUUAUUCUAGUCCUCCUCUGUUCCUCUGGUGAUGUAGAGGCUAACCCAGGCCCUGCAGCCCCCAGUAUCACUCCUACUCCCCAGGAGCUAUCAUUUGUUGACUUCUGUAACCGUAAAAGUCUUGGUUUUCUGCACGUAAAUAUCAGAAGCCUCCUUCCUAAGUUUGAGUUAUUCACUGCGUUAGCACACUCCGCCAACCCUGAUGUUCUAGCAGUGUCUGAAUCCUGGCUUAGGAAGGCCACCAAAAAUUCUGAAAUUUCCAUCCCCAACUAUAACAUUAUCCGUCUAGAUAGAACUGCCAAAGGGGGUGGAGUUGCAAUCUACUGUAGAGAUAGCCUGCAGAGCUCUAUCAUACUAUCCAGGUCUGUGCCCAAACAGUUUGAGCUUCUACUUCUAAAAAUCCACCUUUCCAGAAAUAAAUCUCUCACUGUUGCCGCUUGCUACAGACCCCCCUCAGCCCCCAGCUGUGCCCUGGACACCAUAUGUGAAUUGAUUGCCCCCCAUCUAUCCUCAGAGUUCGUUCUGCUUGGUGACCUAAAUUGGGAUAUGCUUAACACCCCGGCCAUCCUACAAUCUAAACUAGAUGCCCUCAAUCUCACACAAAUUAUCAACGAACCUACCAGGUACAACCCUAAAUCCGUAAACAUGGGUACCCUCAUAGAUAUCAUCCUGACUAACUUACCCUCUAAAUACACCUCCGCUGUCUUCAACCAGGAUCUCAGCGAUCACUGCCUUAUUGCCUGCGUCCGUAACGGGUCCGCGGUCAAACGACCACCCCUCAUCACUGUCAAACGCUCCCAAAAACACUUCAGCGAGCAGGCCUUCCUAAUUGACCUGGCCCAGGUAUCCUGGAUGGAUAUAGAUCUCAUUCCGUCAGUAGAGGAUGCCUGGUUGUUCUUUAAAAGUAAUUUCCUCUUAAUCUUAAAUAAACAUGCCCCAUUCAAAAAAUACAGAACUAAGAACAGAUAUAGCCCCUGGUUCUCCUCAGACUUGACUGCCCUUGACCAGCACAAAAACAUCCUGUGGCGUACUGCAUUAGCAUCAAAUAGCCCCCGCGAUAUGCAACUUUUCAGGGAAGUUAGGAACCAAUAUACACAAGCAGUUAGGAAAGCAAAGGCUAACUUUUUCAAACAGAAAUUUGCAUCCUGUAGCACUAACUCCAAAAAGUUUUGGGACACUGUAAAGUCCAUGGAAAAUAAGAGCACUUCCUCCCAGCUGCCCACUGCACUGAGGCUAGGAAACACUAUCACCACCGAUAAAUCUACAAUAAUCGAGAAUUUCAACAAGCAUUUUGCUACGGCUGGCCAUGCUUUCCACCUGGCUACCACUACCCUGGCCACCAGCUCUGCACCCUCCGCUGCAACUUGCCCAUGCCCCCCCCGCUUCUCCUUCACACAAAUCCAGACAGCUGAUGUUCUGAAAGAGCUGCAAAAUCUGGACCCCUACAAAUCAUCUGGGCUAGACAAUCUGGACCCUUUCUUUCUAAAACUAGCCGCCGAAAUUGUCGCAACCCCUAUUACUAGCCUGUUCAACCUCUCUUUCGUAACGUCUGAGAUCCCCAGAGAUUGGAAAGCUGCCGCGGUCAUCCCCCUCUUCAAAGGGGGUGACACUCUAGAUCCAAACUGUUACAGACCCAUAUCAAUCCUGCCCUGCCUUUCAAAAGUUUUUGAAAGCUAAGUCAACAAACAGAUCACCGACCAUUUCGAAUCCCACCGUACCUUCUCCGCUAUGCAAUCCGGUUUCCGAGCUGGUCAUGGGUGCACUUCAGCCACGCUCAAGGUCCUAAACGAUAUUAUAACCGCGAUUGAUAAUAGACAGUACUGUGCAGCCGUUUUCAUUGACCUGGCCAAGGCUUUCGACUCUGUCAACCACCGCAUUCUUAUUGGCAGACUAAAUAGCCUUGGUUUCUCAAAUGACUGCCUCGCCUGGUUCACCAACUACUUCUCAGAUAGAGUUCAAUGUGUCAAAUCGGAGGGCCUGUUGUCUGGACCUAUGGCAGUCUCUAUGGGGGUGCCACAGGGUUCAAUUCUUGGGCCGACUCUUUUCUCUGUGUAUAUCAAUGACGUCGCUCUUGCUGCUGGUGACUCUCAGAUCCACCUCUACGCAGACGACACCAUUUUGUAUACAUCUGGCCCUUCAUUGGACACUGUGUUAACAAACCUCCAAACGAGCUUCAAUGCCAUACAACACUCCUUCAGUAGCCUCCAACUGCUCUUAAACACUAGUAAAACUAAAUGCAUGCUCUUCAACCGAACGCUGCUUGCACCCACCCACCCGACUAGAAUCACUACUCUCGACGGGUCUGACCUAGAGUAUGUGGACAACUACAAAUAUCUAGGUGUCUGGUUAGACUGUAAACUCUCCUUCCAGACUCACAUUAAGAAUCUCCAAUCCAAAGUUAAAUCUAGAAUCGGUUUCCUAUUUCGCAACAAAGCCUCCUUCACUCAUACUGCCAAACAUGCCCUCGUAAAACUGACUAUCCUACCGAUCCUUGACUUCGGCGAUGUCAUUUACAAAAUAGCCUCCAACACUCUACUCAGCAAAUUGGAUGUAGUCUAUCACAGUGCCAUCCGUUUUGUCUCCAAAGCCCCAUAUAAUACCCACCACUGUGACCUGUACGCCCUUGUUGGCUGGUCCUCACUAAAUAUUCGUCGCCAAACCCACUGGCUCCAGGCCAUCUAUAAAUCACUGCUAGGCAAAUCCCCACCUUAUCUUAGCUCAUUGGUCACCAUAGCAACACCCACCCGUAGUCUGCGCUCCAGCAGGUAUAUCUCACUGGUCAUCCCCAAAGCCAACACCUCCUUUGGCCGCAAUUCCUUCCAGUUCUCUGCUGCCAAUGACUGGAACAAAUUGCAAAAAUCUCUGAAGCUGGAGACACUUAUCUCCCUCACUAACUUUAAGCAUCAGUUGUCAGAGCACCUUACCGAUCACUGCACCUGUACACAGCCCAUCUGAAAUUAGCCCGCCCAACUACCUCAUCCCUAUAUUGUUAUUUAUUUUGCUCAUUUGUACCCCAGUAUCUCUAUUUGCACAUCAUCUCUUGCACAUCUAUCAUUCCAGUGUUAAUACUAAUUGUAAUUAUUUUGCACUAUAACCUAUUUAUUGCCUUACCUCCAUAACUUGCUACAUUUGCACACACUGUAUAUAUAUGUAUUUCUGUUGUAUUUUUGACUUUGUUUUGUUUUACCCCAUAUGUAACUCUGUGUUGUUGUUUUUAUCGCACUGCUUUGCUUUAUCUUGGCCAGGUCGCAGUUGUAAAUGAGAACUUGUUCUCAACUGGUUUACCUGGUUAAAUAAAGGUGAAAUAAAAUAAAUAAAUAAAUAUAGAGUUGACUUCAGGUUUAGUAUUAUAGAGUUGACUUCAGGUUUGGUAUUAAAGAGUUGACUUCAGGUUUGGUAUUAAAGAGUUGACUUCAGGUUUGGUAUUAAAUAAUUGACUUCAGGUUUGGUAUAAAAGAGUUGACUUCAGGUGUGUUUUUAAAGAGUUGACUUCAGGUUUGGUAUUAUAGAGUUGACUUCAGGUUUAGUAUUAAAGAGUUGACUUCAGGUUUGGUAUUUUAGAGUUGACUUCAGGUUUAGUAUUAAAGAGUUGACUUCAGGUGUGUUUUUAAAGAGUUGACUUCAGGUGUGGUAUUAUAGAGUUGACUUCAGGUUUGGUAUUAUAGAGUUGACUUCAGGUUUGGUAUUAUAGAGUUGACUUCAGGUUUGGUAUUAAAGAGUUGACUUCAGGUUUAGUAUUAAAGAGUUGACUUCAGGUUUGGUAUUAUAGAGUUGACUUCAGGUUUAGUAUUAAAGAGUUGACUUCAGGUUUAGUAUUAAAGAGUUGACUUCAGGUUUAGUAUUAAAGAGUUGACUUCAGGUUUGGUAUUAAAGAGUUGACUUCAGGUUUGGUAUUAUAGAGUUGACUUCAGGUUUAGUAUUAAAGAGUUGACUUCAGGUUUGGUAUUAUAGAGUUGACUUCAGGUUUGGUAUUAUAGAGUUGACUUCAGGUUUGGUAUUAUAGAGUUGACUUCAGGUGUGUCAAAGCUAUUUUCAUUCUCUACUCCUCCAGGUGAACGACUGGUCCACCUGGCGCUAUAGCUACGACCUGAACGGCAACCUGCACCUCCUCAACCCCGGGAACAGCGCCCGCCUCACGCCACUCCGCUACGACCUCCGAGACCGCAUCACGCGCCUGGGCGACGUGCAGUACCGUCUGGAUGAGGACGGCUUCCUGAGCCAGCGAGGCUCAGAUGUCUUCGACUACAACUCCAAGGGCCAGCUCCUUAGAGCAUAUAACAAGCUACCGGGAGGCUGGAGCGUCCAGUACCGCUAUGACGGACUGGGCAGGAGAGUGUCCACUAGGACCAGUCUGGGACAACAUCUCCAGUUCUUCUACGCUGAUCUGAACCACCCGGCUAGAGUCACACAUAUAUUCAAUCACUCCAGCUCAGAUAUCGCUUCACUGUACUAUGAUUUGCAGGUAGGCUACCAGAUUAUUAGGGAAAAGUGUGUUCAUCAACAGGCUACAUGUGAUAAAUACUGUUCAUCGUGAUUACAGUGGGGGAAAAAAGUAUUUAGUCAGCCACCAAUUGUGCAAGUUCUCCCACUUAAAAAGAUGAGAGAGGCCUGUAAUUUUCAUCAUAGGUACACGUCAACUAUGACAGACAAAAUGAGGGAAAAAAAUCCAGAAAAUCACAUUGUAGGAUUUUUUAUGAAUUUAUUUGCAAAUUAUGGUGGAAAAUAAGUAUUUGGUCAAUAACAAAAGUUUCUCAAUACUUUGUUAUAUACCCUUUGUUGGCAAUGACACAGGUCAAACGUUUUCUGUAAGUCUUCACAAGGUUUUCACACACUGUUGCUGGUAUUUUGGCCCAUUCCUCCAUGCAGAUCUCCUCUAGAGCAGUGAUGUUUUGGGGCUGUCGCUGGGCAACACGGACUUUCAACUCCCUCCAAAGAUUUUCUAUGGGGUUGAGAUCUGGAGACUGGCUAGGCCACUCCAGGACCUUGAAAUGCUUCUUACGAAGCCACUCCUUCGUUGCCCGGGCGGUGUGUUUGGGAUCAUUGUCAUGCUGAAAGACCCAGCCACGUUUCAUCUUCAAUGCCCUUGCUGAUGGAAGGAGGUUUUCACUCAAAAUCUCACGAUACAUGGCCCCAUUCAUUCUUUCCUUUACACGGAUCAGUCGUCCUGGUCCCUUUGCAGAAAAACAGCCCCAAAGCAUGAUGUUUCCACCCCCAUGCUUCACAGUAGGUAUGGUGUUCUUUGGAUGCAACUCAGCAUUCUUUGUCCUCCAAACACGACGAGUUGAGUUUUUACCAAAAAGUUAUAUUUUGGUUUCAUCUGACCAUAUGACAUUCUCCCAAUCCUCUUCUGGAUCAUCCAAAUGCACUCUAGCAAACUUCAGACGGGCCUGGACAUGUACUGGCUUAAGCAGGGGGACACGUCUGGCACUGCAGGAUUUGAGUCCAUGGCGGCGUAGUGUGUUACUGAUGGUAGGCUUUGUUACUUUGGUCCCAGCUCUCUGCAGGUCAUUCACUAGGUCCCCCCGUGUGGUUCUGGGAUUUUUGCUCACUGUUCUUGUGAUCAUUUUGACCCAACGGGGUGAGAUCUUGCGUGGAGCCCCAGAUCGAGGGAGAUUAUCAGUGGUCUUGUAUGUCUUCCAUUUCCUAAUAAUUGCUCCCACAGUUGAUUUCUUCAAACCAAGCUGCUUACCUAUUGCAGAUUCAGUCUUCCCAGCCUGGUGCAGGUCUACAAUUUUGUUUCUGGUGUCCUUUGACAGCUCUUUGGUCUUGGCCAUAGUGGAGUUUGGAGUGUGACUGUUUGAGGUUGUGGACAGGUGUCUUUUAUACUGAUAACAAGUUCAAACAGGUGCCAUUAAUACAGGUAAUGAGUGAAGGACAGAGGAGCCUCUUAAAGAAGAAGUUACAGGUCCGUGAGAGCCAGAAAUCUUGCUUGUUUGUAGGUGACCAAAUACUUAUUUUCCACCAUAAUUUGCAAAUAAAUUCAUUAAAAAUCCUACAAUGUGAUUUUCUGGAUUUUUUUCCCUCAAUUUGUCUGUCAUAGUUGACGUGUACCUAUGAUGAAAAUUACAGGCCUCUCUCAUCUUUUUAUGUGGGAGAACUUGCACAAUUGGUGGCUGACUAAAUACUUUUUUUCCCCACUGUAUCUUAUGACUUUGUUAUCGUUGUCAUAUAACCAAAUUGUUGUGAUGCUAUCAUUACAGAGUAUAUCGCAUAGCUAUUAUCACACAUUAAUGGUGAUGUCACCAUCUCUGACUUAUUGUGAAUACUAUCAUUACUUAACUUAUUGUGAUAUAGCCUAACUGAGUCAGGGAUACUAUCAUUACUUAAAUCUCAUAACUAUUAUCACCCAGUUAUGGUGACGUGACUGUCUGUGAGUUAUGGUGAUGUGAGUUAUGGUGACGUGACUGUCUGUGAGUUAUGGUGAUGUGAGUUAUGGUGACGUGACUGUCUGUGAGUUAUGGUGAUGUGACUGUCUGUGAGUUAUGGUGAUGUGACCAUGUGAGUUAUGGUGACUGUCUGUGAGUUAUGGUGAUGUGACUGUCUGUGAGUUAUGGUGAUGUGACCGUGUGAGUUAUGGUGACUGUCUGUGAGUUAUGGUGAUGUGACUGUCUGUGAGUUAUGGUGACGUGACUGUCUGUGAGUUAUGGUGAUGUGACCGUGUGAGUUAUGGUGACUGUCUGUGAGUUAUGGUGACGUGACUGUCUGUGAGUUAUGGUGAUGUGACCGUGUGAGUUAUGGUGACUGUCUGUGAGUUAUGGUGAUGGGACUGUCUGUGGGUUAUGGUGAUGGGACUGUCUGUGAGUUAUGGUGAUGGAACUGUCUGUGAGUUAUGGUGAUGGGACUGUCUGUGGGUUAUGAUGAUGGGACUGUCUGUGGGUUAUUUUAAUGUAAAGCCUGUACUGCUUCCCUCAGGGCCAUCUGUUUGCUAUGGAGGUGAGUAGUGGAGAGGAGUAUUACAUCGCCUCAGACAACACAGGAACACCACUGGCUGUCUUCAGCAGCAACGCACAGAUGAUCAAACAGGUACUCAUGAUGACAGUAAUAAUAAUAAUACUACUAUUAAUGAUCAUCAUUUUUUGUUGCAUGAUUGUUAAAUAUCUCAAGGACCAUUAUCCGCAUGUUAAGAUAAGCCAAGAGAAGAUAAGUUAGUACCUGAUGUCCAGAGAGGUCAAUUUGAUUAUUCAAAUUAUUAUUCAAAAACUGACCAAGUAAACCAACUUUGCCUUUCCUAAUUGCCCCCGAGGGGAUAAAGUUGUGCUGAAUUGAAGUGAAACAAGCGUCUGUGUUUGUUGUGAUGUCCAGGUCCAGUACACAGCAUAUGGGGAGGUGUACCUGGACUCCAACCCAGAGUUCCAGCUGGUGGUUGGGUUCCAUGGUGGUCUCUAUGACACCCUGACCAAGCUGGUCCACUUCACCCAGAGGGACUAUGACGUCCUGGCAGGCCGCUGGACCUCGCCAGACUAUGCCUCCUGGCCCAAGAUCGGCAAGGACCCUGCACCCUUCAACCUGUACAUGUUCAAGAACAAUAACCCCCUCAGCGACGUGUUGGACAUCAAGAACUACGUCACAGGUAGAGCGUCUUUGGAUCUUUGAAAAGUGCUUUAUAAAACCAAUGCAUUAUUGUUAUUGAAGGUAAGGGAGAGAGAGCUGAGUGGGGGGCGUUGUGUUAUCAUUGUCAAUGUGUACUUCUCCUUAUUUAUUUUUCAUUUAGAUUCUGAGAACAUCCAAAAAGAUCCAUGCAAUAUUUUACUACACUGUUCCCUAAUACUACGCACAUUAUUAUACCAUUUUCACAAUUCUCAACAUUUCUAUGACUUGCUAGUGGUAUGGUAACUGUUCUGCUGUCUUUGCUCCCCAGACGUGAAGAGUUGGCUGGUGAUGUUUGGUUUCCAGCUCAGUAACAUCAUUCCAGGGUUCCCCCGUCACACCCUCUACUUCGUAGAGCCUCCCUACGAGCUGCAGGCCAGCCAGGACUGUGAAAACGGACAGGUGAGAAGGCCUGGGACAGCCUACAGCUUCAUUGCACUAUAUUGAUUCUAUGUAAACCAGAAUUUGAAACAUACGGCCUGCGAGCCAAAUGCGGCCUGCUAUUACAGACAAAUGGUCCUCUCUCUUUCUCUCAGAGUCGGAUGCCAAUUAGAUGAGACAUUGAAUACAGAAUCACUAAUAUGAACCUUCAAUGAUUACAGUGAAAUCUGGACAUUAAUAGAUGAGAAUAACUGUAAAUCAGACCGUAUAACUGUAUCCUCGUCUGCAUUCUUCUGCUUGACCAGUGAUCUUUAACCCCUUUCCUACCCCUCUUUCUCCUGUAGCUGAUAACGGGGGUGCAGCAGGCAGCGGAGCGCCACAACCAGGCCUUCAUGGCCCUGGAGGGACGGCUCCUUAACAAGGACCCCCGCGACCGCAGUGACAAGCCAGGACACUGGUUCGGCACAUCAACGCCCAUAAUCGGCCGGGGAGUGAUGCUAGCGCUAAAGGAAGGACGUGUGGUGGCGGCGGUUAGCUCUAUGGCAACCGACGACAGUCGAAAAGUGUCCCUGGUCCUCAACAGCGCCAUCUACCUGGACGGAACGCACUACACGCAGGAUGGACGUGACUGUCACUUCUUCGUUAAAGUCGGUUCGGCCGAUAGUGAUCUACUGGCGCUGGGGCUCACCAACGGACGCAAGGCGCUGGAGAGCGGGAUCAAUGUGACUGUGAGCGGGAGGUCGCGGCGCGGCGCCACAGUGGAGUUUGCGGUGCCGUCGUUAGCCCUCAGCGUGCGGUAUGGGCUAGCGCUGGACGUGGUGGACGAGGAGAGGGUGAGGCUGCUGGAACUAGCCCGGCAGAGGGCCCUGGCUGGGGCCUGGCUGAGGGAGCAGCAGAGGGCCAAGGAUGGGAAGGAGGGGAGUCGGCUAUGGACGGAGGGGGAGAAGCAGCAGCUGCUGACCGCAGGGAGGGUACAGGGGUACGACGGGUAUCAUGUUCUACCUGUGGAACAGUACCCAGAACUGGCUGACAGCAGCACCAACAUUCAGUUCCUGAGACAGAACGAGAUGGGCAAGAGG